AUGGAGGCCCCGCUGCGACCCGCCGCGGACAUUCUGAGGCGGAACCCACAGCAGGACUAUGAGCUUGUCCAGAGGGUCGGCAGCGGCACCUACGGAGACGUCUAUAAGGCCAGAAAUGUACAUACAGGAGAGUUGGCUGCCAUAAAAAUUAUCAAAUUGGAGCCUGGAGAUGAUUUUUCUUUGAUUCAACAAGAAAUAUUUAUGGUUAAAGAAUGUAAACACUGCAACAUUGUUGCCUACUUUGGGAGCUAUCUCAGUCGGGAGAAACUGUGGAUUUGUAUGGAAUACUGUGGAGGUGGAUCACUUCAGGAUAUUUAUCAUGGUACUGGUCUUGCCUAUUUACAUACUAAAGGCAAAAUGCAUAGAGAUAUAAAAGGUGCAAAUAUUUUAUUGACAGACCAUGGUGAUGUAAAAUUAGCUGACUUUGGUGUGGCUGCAAAAAUAACAGCAACCAUUGCAAAGAGAAAAUCUUUCAUUGGUACUCCAUAUUGGAUGGCCCCAGAAGUUGCAGCAGUAGAAAAGAAUGGUGGAUACAACCAACUCUGUGAUAUCUGGGCAGUAGGAAUAACAGCAAUUGAACUUGGAGAACUUCAACCACCUAUGUUUGAUCUUCAUCCAAUGAGAGCCCUCUUCUUAAUGUCAAAAAGUAAUUUUCAGCCUCCAAAGCUAAAGGACAAAACAAAAUGGUCAUCAACAUUCCAUAAUUUUGUCAAAAUAGCACUAACCAAAAACCCCAAAAAAAGACCAACUGCUGAAAGACUUCUGACUCAUACUUUUGUUGGGCAGCCAGGUCUCUCUAGGGCCCUAGCAGUUGAACUGUUGGAUAAAGUGAACAAUCCAGACAACCAUGCACAUUACAUUGAAGGUGAUGAUGAUGACUUUGAGCCCCAUGCAAUCAUUCGUCAUACCAUUAGAUCUACAAACAGGAAUGUCAGAGCUGAACGGACAGCUUCAGAAAUAAAUUUUGACAAAUUACAGUUUGAACCACCUUUGAGAAAAGAAACAGAAGCACGGGAUGAAAUGGGAGUAUCAUCAGACCCAAACUUUGUAUUACAGUGGAAUCCUUUUGUUGAUGGUACAAAUACUGGCAAAUCAACCUCAAAACGUGCAGUACCACCUCCCCUGCCUCCUAAGCCAAGGAUAAACAAUUACCCUGAAGACAAUCUCCCAGAUGAAGAAAAAUCAUCAACCAUAAAAUAUUGCCCUGAUUCAGAGAACAGAGCUCCUCAACUUCUCAGAAGACAGAGUAGCCCAAGUUGUGGUGCUGCAGUAGAGACUUCCUCUAUUGGAAAUGGUGAUGGUAUUUCAAAACUGAUGAGUGAAAAUACAGAAGGAUCGGCACAAGCACCACAGUUGCCACGAAAAAAAGACAAACGAGACUUCCCUAAACCCAUCAUCAAUGGCCUUCCACCCACCCCAAAAGUACUGAUGGGAGCAUGUUUUUCAAAAGUUUUUGAUGGUUGCCCUUUGAAAAUUAAUUGUGCGACAUCCUGGAUACAUCCUGACACAAAAGAUCAGUAUAUUAUUUUUGGAACUGAAGAUGGUAUUUACACUUUGAAUCUCAAUGAGCUACAUGAGGCAACAAUGGAACAGUUAUUUCCACGGAAGUGUACUUGGCUGUACGUCAUCAAUAAUACUUUAAUGUCAUUAUCAGAAGGAAAAACCUUUCAGCUCUACUCUCAUAAUCUUAUAGCUUUGUUUGAACAAGCCAAAAAACCAGGAUUAGCUGCCCAUAUUCAAACUCAUAGGUUUCCAGACCGCAUACUACCAAGAAAGUUCGCUUUAACAACAAAGAUUCCUGAUACAAAAGGCUGUCACAAAUGUUGCAUAGUCAGGAACCCUUAUACAGGACAUAAAUACCUCUGUGGAGCUUUACAGUCUGGAAUUGUUUUACUCCAGUGGUAUGAGCCAAUGCAGAAAUUCAUGCUGAUAAAGCACUUUGAUUUCCCUUUGCCAAGUCCUUUGAAUGUUUUUGAAAUGCUAGUGAUACCGGAACAAGAAUAUCCUAUGGUCUGUGUAGCUAUUAGCAAGGGCACCGAAUUAAAUCAGGUAGUUCAGUUUGAGACAAUCAACUUAAACUCUGCAUCUUCGUGGUUUACAGAAAUUGGUGCAGGCAGCCAACAGUUAGAUUCCAUUCAUGUAACACAGUUGGAGAGAGAUACAGUUUUAGUGUGUUUAGACAAAUUUGUAAAAAUUGUGAAUCUACAAGGAAAACUAAAAUCAAGCAAGAAACUGGCCUCUGAGCUAAGUUUUGAUUUUCGCAUCGAAUCUGUAGUAUGCCUUCAAGACAGUGUUUUGGCUUUCUGGAAACAUGGGAUGCAGGGUAAAAGCUUCAAGUCAGAUGAGGUUACCCAGGAGAUUUCAGAUGAAACAAGAGUUUUCCGCUUGUUAGGAUCAGACAGGGUUGUCGUUUUGGAAAGUAGACCAACAGAAAAUCCUACUGCACACAGCAAUCUCUACAUCUUGGCUGGACAUGAAAAUAGUUACUGA